UAUGAGGUCGAAACGAGAGCUAAAUGCUCUUAUUGAAGGAAUGACAAUGUAUAGUACGUCUGCAGGUGAAGGAAUGACAAUGUAUAGUACGUCUGCAGGUGAAGAAAUAAAAAUGUAUAGUACGUCUGCAGGUGAAGAAAUAAAAAUGUAUA